AUCUGUGAAUGUUAUCUCGGUCUAUGGGCGCUGGCAGCAUGCAUCUCCUCUUCCUGCAGUUGCUCGUGCCAUGUCUACUCUUGCCUCUGGGGAAGGCAGGCCGAUGUGUGGAUGGUUGCCAAAGGCAGAGCUCUUUUUCCUUUGUGCUACUAGAAAGGGGUCGCAGAGAUCUCCACAUGGCCAACCAUGAGGACAUGGAAGCCAAGCCAGAUCUGUUUGUGGCAGUACCACACCUCAUAGAUACCAGCCUGGCUGGGGAAGGCCAAAGGCAGAGAGAGAAGAUGCUGUCCAGGCUUGGAAGACUCUGGAAGAAACCCGAGACAGAGCUUCACCCCACAAGGGAGGUGAAAAACAACCGUGUCCCAUCGGGGAUCCAGACCCUCACUCAGCCAGCAGAUGUGAGGAAAGUGGAAAGCUCGCCUCUUCAGGAGGAAGCCAAGAAGUUCUGGCAUCGCUUCAUGUUCAGAAAGGGCCCAUCCUCCCAGGGGGUCAUCUUGCCAAUUAAAAGCCAUGAAGUACACCGGGAGACCUGCAGGACAGUUCCCUUCAACCAGACCAUUGCUCAUGAGGACUGCGAAAAAGUUGUUGUCCAGAACAACCUUUGCUUUGGGAAAUGCGGUUCCAUUCAUUUUCCCGGAGAAGGAGCACAUCCCCACAACCUCUGCUCCCACUGCUCGCCCACCAAAUUCACCACCGUGCGCUUGAGGCUCAACUGUGCUAGCCCUACACCCGUGGUCAAGGUGGUGACGCAUGUAGAAGAAUGCCAGUGCAUGGUGAAGACGGAGCACGGAGAGGGGCACCUCCUAUCGGCUGCCUUCCAGGAUCCUUUCGUUCCUGGAUUUCCAGCUUCAAAAGCAAUCCCCUGA